AUGGCAUACAAGGUUGAGUCUGUGGAUUAUAAGGAUGCACCUGGCCUCGCAGACACCAUGAUGCGGGCUAUGAACCAAGAUCCUCAUUAUUGCUUGCAGCUCAAUAGCGCAACAACUGAAGAGUUGAUAGCAGAUACCAGUCUACGUCUCUCACACAACCUAACCAAUAAUCGCGUCUUUCUGCGACACCANAAGGUUGUCCACUUGGCAACAGGCCAAGCUGCUGGUUAUGCUCGUUGGGAACUACCAGAGGCAGAAUCGUCCAGUCAGACCGCAUGGCCGGGUGCGCAGAUUCCCGCUCCCACAACCGUGCAACAGAAAACGUUUAGGGAUGACUUCGAUCUCACGCAAGUGGACGGCAAGCGCAAGAUCUUCAACUCUGAGAUGAGUGCUUACAUCGGACUGAAACUCGGAAACGUAUACAACGAGCUUGUACAAAAUGGCGGACCUUACCUUGAUUACAUAGUGUGUCACCCUGCGCACCAGAGAAAAGGUGUAGCGUCCCUAUUGCUUGCUAGUGGAGAAGUAGAGGCUGAAAAGCUGGGUCUGAAGGUCUUCGUCAUGACCUCGACAGACCCAGCAAGUACGAUGUUUUACGAGAAGCGCGGGUUCACUAAACUUCGAACCGUGGUCUUGGAUGAUUCAAAAUGGGGAGGCACAACACCCCGUGUAACAUCUUUCCUUGAAAAGUAG